GUUCGAAAACCUCAACAAACGGCAAUCACCGGGCCCGCGGUGUUAUCAAAUUGAACUUGAAGGGGCGUGUCACAACAGUUCAAAUCGGAUCUGCGGCCCCACCAUCGUGCCCUUUCCGAUUUUUUACUUAUGCAAAGUUCAUCGUUCAAACAAUAUGCCAGGGGCCAAUUUGGGGCUCUCCAUCUCCGAGACGCGAUAAGCAAAGGAAGACGCGCCACACUUUUGGAGAUCGCAAACUCUUUCUGGGGACUCGACCCAAAUGCCCGGAGGGCUGCCUUGAAUGCUGCUGAGUCGACGGUGGUAGAUGUGGGGGAUUUAUCAACGCUUCAGGAUCCAUUAGAUUUUUCAGAGCCACCAUAUGGCAUUGUCCCGCAGCGCGGUGUGAUUGUUCGUGUCGGCUUUAGUUCGGACCCCGCAUGGAAUUCCUUUCUGGAAUCCGUGCUUCAAACUGAGCGAGAUGGGAUCAAGGAAUUGCUAAACACCGCCGGUGCGGAAAACCAAGAACAGAAUGAUAGCGGGGGAGAAAGCAGCAGCGAAGAGGACACCAAUCUACCUGAAGAGGGUGAAAGCUCGAGCCAGCGGCAGGCUGGGCCUGCACCUUGCUCGCCGCCGUCCGAAACUUUUAUCGUGAUUGAUCCUUCGGAUCCAACUUCACCCUAUCACCACCUCGCCCCUCGACUACAGAAUGCGACAAAUAUCACCCUUUUGAGACUCUUCAGUGAUUUGGACAUUAUUCCCACCUUGCCAGUUCCUCCACAACAGCGAAUACCAGCCAGAGCUUCUUCUCCGCUUAUUGACAUGGAUGGUCUACACGAGAUAUACGAAGGUCGGACCGUCUGGGUCUAUGAUGAGAAGUCCAAUCAAGAUGGUUCUGUACGCCUCAUUGUGCCUCGUCCAACUACAUAUGGACUCGCAACCGGCGACAGCUGGAGAGUGCGCGCACCAUUCAUAUGGGAGUUGCAGAUUAAUCUUUCUGGGGGGAACAUGAUGAUAGAUUUUGGUGGCCUGGACCGAUAUGAUGCCAUGGAAAGACGACGCAAUCUAGAAGAAACCAAGCUUUGUGUAUGAGAGCAAUGGAAUUUUAGGCGACCCUUGCUGCCCUUUUACAUUAAUGUUUGGUCAAUGUUUGGAGUGAUCGGUCAGCACGCACUAGUGCCUCAAGAGCUAAGCAUGACUUCUUUUUUUUGCUUGAUGGUCAUUAAUGCGACGAUUGUUGGCUCAUUCCGAGUUCAAGAUGCGCGUUCCUGAUGUGUUCUCUAUUUCAGCUACCUCAAAAUCUCUACUUUUAAUGUACUGUGUGCACAUGGGUGUUUGAAUAUACAAUUUUUCGAGAAGUCAUAAAA